AUGAAUCCCCGAAACCAUUACCCUGACAACGCUCAACAACGGCAGUUGUAUCCCUUCGGGAGACAAGGAUGGCCCAUGGGAGAAUCUCCCUCAUUCGAAGAGGAUUUGACCGCUUCGGACGGAAAUGAUGAACAGAAUGUGCAGAAGUUCACCGAACUUGUUCGAGACCUUCAAGCGGAAACCAUGAGAGGGCUAGAAGAUAUCAGAACGGACUCUCCAAAACUUUACCGUCACAUCACCCAAGUGGACCCUGCUCGACUACUCCCAAACAAUGGUAGCGGUAUGAGCGCCGCAUCCAUUUUUUAUGUCACCCACCAUUUGGCUACCAGGAUGCAUCCCCCCGACAAUCAGCAGGAACCGCAAGGCUUUCUGAGAUAUGUAACGCAGAUCUGUAUCACGAUAUGGGUGUACCAGUGCGAUCAGGCGGACUGGCGGGAACUGAAACGAAGUGUUAGUGACUUCAUAUUGCGGAAUGGCUUCCAGCCCUCCAUGAAUGAUGCGGCGUAUCUUAUAAUCAUUGCAUUCGUCCUUGGCGGAGAGUUAGACCAGAUGCUGGAGGAAUAUGUUGAUGCUGUGGUGUGGGAUUCAAAACUCGAAUUUGCUUGCGAAAUAGAACCCCUGCGGAAUGCCAUCAGCCGCGAGCGACGAGCCUUGGUCGAAUUCAUGCAUAACAGCUUCUCGCAUGUCUUGAAUGGGUUAGCGUACAGCGGUGACAAACAGCUAUGGUCUUUGGGCCAGAGACUUCAUGCGCGCUUGAUGUCGGCAGAAUUCAGACUGGAUUUGAGCAGAACUUUUGCAGGCACUCAAGACUUUAACUCUGCUCAAUACCCAGCAGCUUUUGAAUCGACCUUCCUAGAGACCUUAAAGACAGAGCGGGAAGCUUUGGGAUUGAGAGGCCACGCUCGAGCUGCGAGUGACGCCGAAAUCCAGCACUGGAACCCACCAGCAAUCAGGCACGGCAAUGGUGGACCACUCGUGGCAGCUAUUGGCAGAGUCUUCAGGGGAAAUGGGCAGCAGUCUGCUCAAACUCGCUUAGAGACCAUUCUCAAGGAGGCAACGAGAGGGAUAGAAGAGAAGAGAAGGAGGAGGAUUGCCGACGCAGUCCAAAAACUGAAAAGAGAAAGAAACGGCAGACUCCAGGCAGCCUCGGUCGCUGCAGAUGAGUCUGCUUGCCACAGAGCAAAUGGAACAGCAGGGAGAUGA